AUGUCAGACAGCGCGACCUCGCCCGCUGAUGGUGGAGGCGUGUCUGACGUUGCCUUCCGUCUGGAAUGCUACGGCGGCAACGACAGCCGUGUGCUGCGCUACUUCAACGGCGCCAUUAUCCGCGAGGCUGCUCUGAAGGAUUACUUCACAGCGCGUUCUGAGGUCGCGUCCUCCGCCGACGCGUGUCUGGAUUCCGUGCUCGAGCGCGGCAACAACGAGAACUGGCACAUCUCCGCCUCCACCAUCUGCGUGGCUGCCAGCAUAUGGGCGCAGAAGAGCAACCCGGUGGAGUGGGACGAAGCUCGAGUCUUCCAGCAGAACGCCAACCAAGUGUUUGCCAAGGCUCAUGCGCUGCUUGACUGCCUGCAGUCGUCCCGCCGGCUGCAGCUGAGCCACACCGUCCCGUCGCAGGAGAUCAACAGCCAGGUGGCGAAGUACGCGAUACACAGCCGCAACGACCGGCUACGGGAGUGCGCGGGGAAGGCGCGUGAGCUACAUGACGUGUUGUCCCGCUCGCUGCGGCUACAAGUGAACUUUCUGAAAGUCAUAUCGGCUAUCAAGUCGCAGUUCAAGGUGCUGAUAAACGCCCGCAACCUGGUGGACGUUUCGUCCUUCGACGUGGACUACCCGGCCAGUUUUUCGGUGUUCGUGGUGUUUUACGACAUGGCUCUCAACAUGGACGACGGAGAGUCGAGGGUUUGGGAGUCAUGGGACGUACACAAACUGUCAUCCCCCGCCGCGCCGCAGCAUUGCCUGCUGUCGUACUACGAGGACACCGGCACUGGGGAUGGCCUGAUGACAAAGAUGACCUUUCCGACGGCGGUGUCAUUCUUCAUAGAGCAUGACUUUGCGUUGACGGUGAACGGUGCCCACGUCCCCGUCUACAUUCAAGAGGACCACAUUCCGGUGAUAUACCGGCUGCGUAGGGCUCAGAUGUGCCUCAUCGACAGGUUCAUCUUCCUCACCAUGUGCCAAGCGGCGCUGGAGCCGCUGCGGUCGCAGCAGGCGAUUCCAGUCGACGACACUCAGGUGUUCAUCCAAAGCAUGACGUCGGAACGUAUCUCAUUCAUGUUCGACGACCAAGUGAUCUCCGUGCGCUACGCGACCUGUGGCGACGAGGAGGUCGGCGACGUAGUCUGGCGCCUGGCAGUGACCAAGCUCAGGGACCUCGCGAUACAGAACUGGAAGCGCCAGCUGUAUGAGCGCGAGUCCGACACACCGUGCCUGCUAUUAUCAUUUUUGGGUUACGUGACCAACUUGCUCACUAAAUUUUCGACUUCGUAG